AAAUUUUUCAGAAGGAAGCCAAAAAAAAAGAAAAAAGAAUGAGUUUCAGUGCCAUGGAAGAAGAUACUGGUUGGGCAUCAGGAAGAAUUUCUGAACGGAAAGAGCUAGCGCGCCGGACGGCCUGAGAAGAUGGCGGACUCUCCUUCGCUGAAGGUGUCCGCUUAGAGAUGAGCGAGGGGACGGCCAUCUCUUGGGGAAGCCGCGGUGGUGAAUUCCUGCACUGAGCAGGGGGCUGGACUAGGUGAUCUCUCAGAGACUUCCAACCGUCCCAUUUUAUGGUUCUGUAUCGGGGAGGAUUCUGCCAUAGACCAGACGGCCUGAGGAGGUGGUGGGUGUUUAAACACUGGAAGUGUUUAAAGAGAGACCAGAAAGGCCUCCUAUGGGGGAUGAUGCAGUAGCGGAGUUUUGCACUGGGCAAGGGGUUGGACUAUCUGGGAGUUGAAGUCCACCCAUCUUAAAGUUGCUGAGGUUGAGGAACCUUGGACUAGAUGACCUCAAAGAUAUCUUCCAGCCCUUAUGUUCCAUGAUUCUAUAAAGAAGUGGCUGAUCUUUGUAUCAAAGCUGUGCCCUUUUAGGUUCUUGGAUGGAGUGAGAAGAGGGGUGUAUAAAUUGAUACUCAUCAGAUACAAGGAGCUUUUCCAAUGCCCAAUGAAAAGAAGCAAAAAAGCAAGUUAUUGCAAUGCCUCCAUUUUUGGAAACUAAAAUGCCAGCUGGAAAAGGGGAAGCUAUUUCCAUCGUAUAAGAGAUACACGGAUCCAUUAGAUGGCAGGAAUCUAUUUAAAUGUUUUUAAAUUUCAGUGCAGUGCAGAUCUGCCCAUCAGUCAUCCAUUGAAUUAGCGCCUUGGGCAUGAGUUAUAAUACCCAUCAUCCCCAGCCUGCCCCAGCCAAAUAAAAGAAGGCAUUUUUCCUUCACAGAGACUGGAUGAUCCAGGGGAAAAGAAGUGUAGAGGCAGAGCAAGGAAAAGUGCAGCCUUUUGGAAAAACAGUUACUUCUCUGACCAAGCAAGCGGGCAGCUUUGGGAAGGAAAAGAGCCCUCAGACAAGUCCCGGCCCCACGGAUUUGCCAACGUGUUUGCGAUCUUCCCGUUCUGCAUUCAGGAGAAGAGGGGGCAGGAGGAAGAUGAUGGCCAGCCUGAAAGCCUCGAGUGAUGUCCAGGGGAAAAGCGUGUGGGAGUUUUGUCCAAAGAAACUGGGUGGGGAGAUGCGAGAGCCGGGCGAAGAGUUACCCCGACCGUGGCAAGACCUGGUCAUAACUGCAGGCUCUCUGCACUCUGGCUGGGGGGGCAGCCAGGGGCCAGAGGAGCCCACCCCCUGGGACGACACCAAGGGCUUCCUGGCCUCCUUCGAACAAGUGGCCGAGGCCUGCCGGUGGCCCCGGAAAGAGUGGGCAGCACGGCUUUUGCCCGCCCUCCGCGGAGAAGCCGAGCAGGCUUUCGGUCACCUGGAGGCUCGAGACAGGCAGGAUUAUGGGAAAGUGAAAGCAGCUAUCCUGCACCGGGACGCCCUGAGCCGAGAGAAACAGCGCCAGCAUUUCCGGCGUUUCCGCUACCAGGAGGCCGAGGGGCCACGCGGGGUUUACAACCGGCUCCAGGCGUUGUGCCGUCAGUGGCUGAAGGUGGAGAAACACUCCAAGGAGCAGAUCCUGGAGUUGCUCAUCCUGGAACAGUUCCUGACCGUCCUGCCCCCAGAGAUCCAGAACUGGGUCCGGGAGCGAGGCCCUGCGUGCUGCGCCCAGGCGGUGGCCCUGGCUGAGGAUUUCCUCUGGAUGCAAAGAGAAUCCUUGAGAUGGGAACAACAGCGGAUGACAGCAGCUGUUCCCUCGGCCAAGGCAGAGCUGGAUUCAUCUGACAGCGGGGGCAGUCUGCCGAGCCCGUUCCUCGAGGAAGAGGAGAAAGCUGGAAAUUCAUGCACAGGUGACGUCCGGCAGAGUGAGAAUAGCAGGGAAGUCCCCAAGGUUGCAUCCGAAAGGGCCGAGCCGCAAAAGCUGGAAGAGAUGCGUCCGCUAAGAAGAACCAGGAGAAACUAUCUCACGGAUAAGUGUAAGAAAAACAUUGCUUCUCAGGCAGUGGGAUUCCAUAACGCUUCCAUCCCCGAAGAGAAAUCAAAUGAAAAGAGAAAAUAUAAGUGCAACGUCUGUGGGAAAUUCUUCAGUUAUAAGUCGAGCCUGAAGAUACACCUGAGAAUCCAUACGGGGGAGAAACCGUACAAAUGCCUGGAGUGCGGGAAGAGCUUUAUCCGCAGCGACCUCCUUGCCUCGCAUCAAAGGAUCCACACGGGGGAGAAGCCGUACAGCUGUUCGUAUUGCGGAAAGAGCUUCUGUGACUUGUCCACGCUGAUCAAGCAUCGGAGGAUCCACACUGGGGAGAAGCCGUACAUCUGCAUGGAAUGUGGCAAGAGCUUCAGUCAGAAGGCAAUCCUGAAUUCCCACCAGAGGAUUCAUACGGGGGAGAAACCCCAUAAAUGCACCGAGUGUGGAAAUAGCUUUAGCCGGAGCACUUACCUUGCUUCUCAUCAGAGAAUCCACAUGGGGGAACGGAUGUAUAAAAAUGCAGAUUGUGGCAGGAGCCUCCCUGAGCAGCCAAAACUGAUUCACCCCCCGAUCAUUCAUGUUGAGGAGAAGCCCUAUAAAUGCCCCGAAUACGGGCAAAAGUUGAAGCAGCAUUCGCCCUGCCUGGCCCACCAGAAAAUGUACGCCUUAGGCAAAAGUAUCAGUGUUUUCGAAUGUGGAGACAAAAUUCAGUUGGAAGCAAUGGCUUGUGAGACUUCAGGGCAGCCUAGCGAUUAGCCACUGAGCUGGUCCCCUGUGGCGAGGGGAAUUCUUCUCCUGGCGACCAGAGAAAUGUCCAGUCCAA